AUGAGAGUUCCAGCCGGCGUGGCUGCAGUUUCCCGUCUUUGUCCUCUGGUGGUCUUCCUAUGUGUUGUCUCCCAGAGUUGUUAUGGGACCCGGCCCGAUCUGAGCCCUCACGCCAACCCUAACCCCAGCCUGUACCCCAACCCAAGGCUCAAGUCACUGCCUGAACCAACCCUGAUUCCAAGCUCCAGUCCUGACAUGCCUAUGUCUCAGCUCAAGCCCAGCCAGCUCUUGGGCUCUGGUCAGAACCCCUGGAGCAAGCCUCAGUUAAAGCCUAGGCUUGACACCAUGUCCCAUCUAACUGACAACCACAGGUCCAACAUAAAUGUCCCAUCAGCAAUCUCCCAGGCCACAUCAAGCUCAAACACCAGUCUCAGCCUACAACCUCUAACCAAACAAGGCUCUAAUCCAAGGCAAGGGUUGGCAUUUAAAUCAAAUUCUAAUCACCCCAAAACUAAUCCAAAACCAAGGUUUGGAUCAUUGUCACGGCCAAAGACCAAGGCACUCCCCAACUCCAAGACAGCAAAUGGGCCAAAAACAGAUUCCGAGUCUGUUCACCUGUCCAACACUAGAUUGUCUCCAAUAUUCAGUUCUGACUUAUGGUCCAACUCAUCUGGCUCUAGUGGCAGCCCAGCUUCCCUAUCCAAUCCUAAAUCUUAUCCCAGACCCCAACCUUCCUCACAAACAAAUCUAAAUGCCAGAUCUGAUUCCAAGAUCUCCGACUCAAACUCCAAAACACCCAUCAGAGCACAGAGGAACCAAACCAAGUUGCUGGACACAGACAAGGAUUUCCACCAGCGGCCCAAAAGAGGCUGGAUCUGGAACCAAUUCUUUGUUCUUGAAGAACACAUUGGACCUGAACCUCAGUACGUCGGAAAGCUCCACUCCAAAUCUGACAAGGGCGACGGCUCUGUGCGCUACAUCCUGUCUGGAGAGGGGGCCGGCUCUAUCUUCGUCAUUGACGAAACAACUGGUGACAUCCACGCGUCCAAGAGCCUGGACCGUGAAAGGAAGGCCCAGUAUGUUCUACACGCAAGGGCCAUUGACCGGUGGACAAACCGCUCUCUAGAGGCAGAGUCAGAGUUCAUCAUCAAGGUCCAGGAUGUCAAUGACAACGCUCCAACCUUCCCAGAUGGACCAUUCUCAGCCUCUGUGCCUGAGAUGUCUGAUGUUGGAACAUCAGUUUUCAAGGUAACAGCCUCGGAUGCAGAUGACCCAACAUACGGGAACAGCGCCAAGAUAGUCUACAGCGUCCUGGAGGGACAGCCCUAUUUCUCUGUUGACCCAAAGACAGGUGUCAUCCGUACAGCGUCGUCCAGCAUGGACCGUGAGACCAGGGACCGCUAUGCUGUGGUGAUCCAAGCCAAAGACAUGGCAGGAUCAGUGGGAGGACUGUCUGGAUCCACGACUGUCAACAUCACUCUCACUGACGUCAAUGACAACCCUCCAAAGUUUCCACAGAAGAGCUACCAGCUGUACGUACCGGAGCUGGCUCCAGUGGGGAAGGCAGUGGGUCGGAUCAGAGCCAACGAUGAAGAUGAAGGGCAGAACGCUGAGAUGACCUACAGCAUCACCAACGCUGAGGCAGCUGCCGUCUUCACCAUCACCACUGAUACUGACCACAGGGAAGGAAUUAUUUCCCUCAAGCAGCCUCUGAACUACGAGAAGAAAAAAGUUCACACGCUAAAUAUUGAAGGCGCCAACACCCACCCAGACUCCCGCUUCUCUCACCUGGGGCCAUUUAAGGAUUCCACAUCACUGCGGGUCAUUGUGGGUGAUGUGGAUGAACCGCCGGUCUUCUCCAUGGAUUACUACAUCAUGGAUAUCUAUGAAAACUCCCCUCCUGGCACCCAGGUUGGCACUGUAACUGCUGUGGAUCCGGAUAGCACCAACAGCGCUGUCAGGUACUUCAUAGAAAAUGAAGAGGGGAGAUCUUUGCAUUUCACCAUCGGGGUGAACAGCGGCAUCAUCAGGACUACCCAGGUUCUGGACCGGGAGGAGACGGCGUGGCAUAACAUCACUGUGAUGGCUGCAGAGGUUGAUAACCCACGUAUGGUGAGUCACAUCCCAGUCACCAUCCAGGUCCUGGACGUCAAUGACAACAUUCCAUCUAUCUCUGGGGGAAACAAUGCCGUCAUAGUGUGUGAGAGCGCCAAAAAUGGACAGGUGAUUCAGACCAUCCGAGCCGCGGAUCUGGACAACUUUGCAAAUGGAAAGUUUUCCUUCUAUGUGCCUCCUGAGCAUCAGAUGAAUCCAAAUUUUACCGUGAAGGACAAUGGAGACAACACUGCCAGCAUCGUAUCUCGUCGGCGUGAUGGCUUUAGCCAGGACAGAGACCAGGAGUUCUUCAGCCUGGUGCUGGUGGUGGCUGAUGGUGGGGAGCCUCCUCUCAGCAGCACCACCACACUUUCCUUAAGGGUGUGUGUCUGCCAGAGGAACACCAGGGGGCGCAACAGCAACAACGUGUGUCAGGCGCAGGCUUUCCUGUCUUCAGCUGGCCUCAGCACCGGAGCUUUUGUGGCCAUACUGCUGUGUAUUGUCAUAUUAUUAGCCAUAGUGAUGCUGUUCACCCAGCUACGAAAUAAGAAGGCCAGCAAAGAGCCCUUGAUUCUUUCUGAAGAGGACAUCAGAGAAAAUGUGGUGACCUAUGAUGACGAAGGAGGCGGGGAGGAGGACACAGAGGCCUUCGAUAUCACUGCACUUCGAAACCCUAAAGCCUCUGAGUCUCGCAGGAAGUUCCACUCCUACCUCGACCGUGGAUCGGGCCUGUACAGAGACGAGGACGAGGUCGAGGACGAUGACGAGAGGAUUGUGGUAGUGAGGAGGAGGAAAGCACAGGAGAUGGAGUAUGGAAACUACAGCCCGAUGUCAGAACCCGCCUGGUUUGUCAUUAACUGUGUUCCUCGAGAGAUCAGCCAGUCAGCACCUUCGCUUCUGCUGGAUGGACAUGACAUCAUUCAACAGAUCAUUCAGCGGAAGGUGGCUGAGGCGGACUUAGACACAAGGGGCCCGCCGUAUGACUCACUUCAAACAUAUGCCUAUGAAGGACGCGGGUCCUUGGCAGGGUCAGUCAGCUCUUUGGGCCUGACUGCUGCAGUGCCAGACCUAAACUAUGUUGAUCUGGAAGACUGGGAGCCAGAGAGGCAAACUCUGGAACAAAUUAGUGGAGAGCAGCUGGCUACAGACCAAGAUAACUCUGACUCCUAA